GAAGCUUCGUCUUCCUCUUUACGGACGUACUCUCAGUACAUACCCCCAAGACAAGAGUAUAGACCUCCCUCACCACCGAAUUCCAGUUCCAUGUCAAGCUUCUCGAUUCAUAGCUCUAUAGAGGACCAAGCAUUCAGAAUGGAUAACGGGAGAGUAUAUCAAGCUCAGAAUGACGAUUAUAUGCUACCAGUAGACGAAGAUGAAAGAGAAGUGGGUCUUCAGGGUCAACAUUACGCCUUGAAGGUUAGGCAAGGAGGCAAGAAUUAUCUCGCUCCUUUCCAAGAGGUACUUCCGGAGGAUGGACGAGAUUGUAGGCUUUUAGACGUCGGGACGGGCACAGGGAUAUGGGCUCUGGAAAUGGCAUCAGAAUUUCCAGAAGCAGAAGUCACCGGCGUAGAUCUCGCUCCAGUCCAAAGACCCGAAAUCUUACCGAAUAAUCUGUCUUAUUUGAUGGACGACGUCAGUAAAGGAAUACCCUUUCCAGACGGAUAUUUUGACGCUGUACAUUCUAGACUUCUACUGGCUGGUAUCCGAAAUUGGAAAAGCUUCAUAAAUGAGGUUAUCCGAGUUGUCCGACCAGGUGGUCUGAUCGUCUUCGUAGAGGAUAUUGGAAGAUUCUGGGUGGAUGAUGUUUCUCCGGAAGAGUCCAGAAAGCGGGCUCCGGGUGUGAGCAAAUGGUCCGACUAUAUCGAAAUGGCGUUGACCGAACGGGGUUUCGACAGUAAUGCUGGUUCAAAAGCCAUCCCAAAACUUAUCGAAGAACACACACUACUGAGCGAACGACAAACUGUGUAUACUUCUCUGCCUUUGUGGCCCUGGUCGACUGAUCCUCUCCUCAAGAAAACUGGAGAGUUGAUGAUACAUGACACAUUGUCCAUGCCAGAGACUGCUCGAUUGUUGGUGGUGGACGGAUGUUCAAUCCCUAAUCAAAGAUACGACGAGCUCGUAGCUGAUUAUAUGGCAGAUAUCGGUAGACCAGGAGCGAAUGUUGUGUUACCUGUAUGGCAUCAUUGGGCUCGGAAGAAGGUUGAGUGAUAUGCUAUCUGUCUUUUAGUUUUGU